AUGGAAGCUUUGCCAAUUCUGGUGAGCAGUGUCAAGGCUAUACAGCAGGAACUAUCUGAGCUCAAAAUGAUCAAAGCAGAAUUUGCGGACAUGAAAUCGUCGAUUGAGUUUGUGCAUGGUUCAAUUGAAACCUUGAGUAACAGAGUAUCAAGCCUGGAGGAAGAACUUGACUCAAUGAAAAAAAAACAAACAGGAAAUGUCAAUUCUAAGAGAACAGGUGGAUAA